ACCGUAGAUGGAGGCGGUAUCCGCGGCAUAUCGAGCCUCUUAAUCCUGGAACAUAUCAUGGAAAAAAUCCGUGAAACUCGAGGCUUGGGCCACGUUCGCAGACCAUGCGAACACUUUGACCUGAUUGGCGGCACGAGCACGGGCGGGCAGGUUUCUCGUCUCUCUCCCAUCAUUGCCAUAAUGCUCGGGAGGCUGGGCAUGACCGUUGACGAGUGUAUACGAGCGUAUAAGAAGGUUGCCCAGCAAGCCUUCACCCCGAAGCGAACCUCGAUAUUCCCUGCCGCGCCGACGGGCGCUUUCUCUGCCAAGGCUCUGGAGGCUGCCAUCAAACAGAUUGUGAGGGAGCGCUGCGUGGAAUCAGAAUGUGUCUCCCGGCAGAGCCAAGGCCUCGGUACGGUUAAAACAGACGAGCAGCUGACGUUAUACAGGGCUGUGUUGGCUAUCACAAAGCAAAACUUAGAUGCGCCGCCAACUCUAUUCACAACGUACGACUCGUCAGCCAGUUUCCAUGGCUGCACAAUUUGGCAGGUGGCGCGGGCGACCUCAGCCGCAACGACCUUCUUCAAGUCCAUCAAGGUUGGCCGAGAUGAAAUCGAGUUUGUCAACGCAGGUUUCGGAUACAAUAAUCCAUGCGAAGUUCUUCUCCAAGAGGCCCAGCGGCAGUUCCCUGGACGCCGACAAAUGCGACUUUCAGCAUCGGAUACGCGACUAUCGAUUCUCAACGCACUGAAGAAGAUGGCUACGAGCUCGAAACAGGAUGCAGCACGCCUAGAUGGCCAAUACGGUGACACCGGACAGUACUUCAGGUUCAAUGUUGACCAGGGCUUACAGGACGUCACGUUAUCGGACGGGGAGGAGGCAAGUACAAUCUCUGCGCAUACAAGCAACUAUCUGAGCGCGAAUCAGCGGGCUAUCAGGAAGUUCAUCGACAACUUUGUCGCUACGGUACGAGCCAAGGAAGGA